GUGUGAAAACACCAUUAAAAAGUAGGGUCAGUUUUUUUUUUUGUGAAAACGAAAUGAUAGCGCAAUAUAGAAGGAGCAUGGCGGCAUGAGAGAGGAGGAGAAUAACUUUAUUUCUCUCUCUUCCCGCUCCUCCCUCUCUCCCUCCUCCUUUGACAUUCCACCCAAAGAAAAAAGUUGAAAUUUCAACUCUUUCGACCUAUUUCUGGAGGGCUUAUCGUUUCUACAAACACCCUUCUUCUCCCCCAAAUUUUCAUUUCCUUUAUUCUUGUCUCCUUCCGAGGAAUCCGGUUCCGACACAAACCCAAAACAGAGAGGAGGAAAUAAUGGAAGGAGGAGGAGGAGGGUCUGCUAACGAAUUGAAUGGCGAUUCUAGUGCUGAUAUUGCGUUUGACACAACGAUAGAGGAGCUUUGCAAUAAUCUUUGCGAAUUGCAGAGUUCUAAUCAGUCUCCAUCAAGGCACAGCUUUGGAUCUUACGGUGAUGAUGAGUCAAAGAUCGACUCUGAUCUCCAACACCUCGCUUUAGGAGAGGUGCAUGAUUUAGAUAUAACCGAAGAUGAAGAAGGAGAAGGAGAAAAGGAAGUGGCAAAGCCUGAAGAUUUCGAUAUGGCGAGACCACCAAGUGCUGCUACUAAGUCAACCUCCUCAAAGUUGGAUACGGAGAAACAAGUCGGUAAGAAGAAUCCGAACAGACCGAGCUCGGGACUUGGUAACGGCGCGAGGAAGAAGAAAGCAGGAACAGCAAAGUCACAAAACGGAAGCGAAGAGCCAUCGUCUGAAAACGUGGAGCUGGCGCGUUUCUUACUGAACCAAGCGAGAAACUUGGUUAGUUCCGGCGAAAACAUCAACAAAGCUCUCGAGCUAACUCUCCGAGCUGAUAAGCUCUUUGAGGCUUCUGCAAACAACGGGAAGCCGUGUUUGGAAUGGAUCAUGUGUUUCCACGUCACAGCAGCGAUCCACUGCAGGUUAAAGGAGUACAACGAGGCGAUCCCGCUUCUUGAACGUUCCAUCGAGAUUCCGGUUCUCGAAGAAGGCGAGGAGCACGCGCUAGCCAAAUUCGCUGGUCUGAUGCAGUUAGGCGACACUUACGCGAUGGUGGGGCAGCUAGAGAACUCGAUCUCCUGUUACACCGAGGGGUUGAAGAUCCAGACGAAGGUUUUGGGAGACAACGAUCCAAGAGUUGGUGAGACGUGCAGAUACUUAGCUGAGGCUCUGGUGCAAGCGUUACGCUUCGACGAGGCUGAGAAGGUUUGUCAAACGGCUCUCUCUAUACAUAGAGAGAACGGCUUACCAGCUUCGCUCGCGGAGGCGGCGGAUAGGAGGCUCAUGGGACUUAUAUGCGAGACCAAAGGAGACCACGAGAACGCUUUGGAGCAUUUGGUGUUAGCCAGCAUGGCCAUGGCUGCGAACGGACAAGAGUCCGAGGUUGCUUUUGUUGAUUCCAGCAUUGGUGACUCCUACUUGUCUUUGUCUCGGUUUGACGAAGCGAUCUGUGCUUACCAGAAGUCUCUCACAGCGCUUAAGACAGCGAAGGGAGAGAAUCAUCCAGCCGUUGGUUCGGUUUACAUCCGGUUAGCUGAUCUCUAUAACCGAACCGGGAAAGUGCGAGAAGCAAAGUCUUACUGUGACAACGCUCUUCGGAUAUACGAGUCGCAUAGCCUAGAGAUAUCUCCCGAGGAGAUUGCUAGCGGUCUUACGGAUAUCUCCGUGAUCUGCGAGUCUAUGAACGAGGUGGAACAAGCUGUGACGUUGCUGCAAAAGGCGCUGAAGAUAUACACCGAUUCUCCUGGUCAGAAGAUGAUGAUCGCGGGUAUCGAAGCUCAGAUGGGAGUGUUGUACUAUAUGAUGGGGAAGUACUUGGAGUCGUACAACACGUUCAAGAGAGCCGUCUCGAAGCUGAGGGCGACGGGGAAGAAACAGUCGACGUUUUUCGGGAUCGCGCUUAACCAGAUGGGUUUAGCUUGCGUUCAGCUCGACGCGAUAGAAGAGGCUGUUGAGUUGUUUGAAGAAGCCAAGUGUAUUUUGGAACAAGAGUGUGGUCCUUAUCAUCCCGAAACGCUUGGAUUGUACAACAACCUCGCAGGAGCUUAUGAUGCUAUUGGCAGGCUGGAUGAUGCAAUUGAGCUGCUAGGACAUGUGGUUGGGGCUAGAGAGGAAAAGCUAGGGACAGCGAAUCCCGGAACAGAAGAGGAGAAGAGAAGGUUGGUCCAACUUUUGAAAGAAGCUGGUAAGGUUACAGGAAGGAAAGCUAAAUCCCUCCAGACUCUGAUUGAUUCUGAUCUCAUGACUUCCUCAGCUCUUCGUUAACACAUAUUCUGUUGGUUACCUUUUUCUUCUAUAUAUAGAAAAAAUGUGCAUACGUUAUUAUUUUUUUGUCAUUUUGUCUUUGAUUCGGUGUACUUUGGAUAACAGUCUCACAUAUUUGUUUUAAUUGUUGAAUGAGAAGAUAACAUGUAAACUCA